AUGAUCCGCGCGCCGUGGUUCACCGUCACGAACCUGCUCAAGGCGCUCGACGCCAGGCGCGCGGGGGCGCGGCCGCGCGGGCCGAAGAAUUGGCGCGCAUUCGCGGAGAGGGGCGCGGGGCUGUUCGACCGGGCCAUGCGCGUUGUGGUGUACAGCGGGGGAUGCCACGUGCGGGAUGUGCGGAAGAUGGCGGAACAGGUGGCGGAGGGAGAGGAGGGGAAGAAAGAGAAGGAUGGACACGAUAGCGGGUCUGUGAGUGGGGUCGAGCGGAACAAACGUGCAGGGGAAGAGAAAGGUGCAUCUUCUUCCUCCUCCACCACCACCUCCUCCCCUCCUCGCUUCCACAUCCCAGCCUCCUACGAUCUCGCUGCUCACCGCCUCACCCGUGCCACCAACGUUUCUCUCGCCUCCACGCGCGCCCUCGUCGCCACACUCGCCACCGCCGCGCGCCUCAACCCGCUCGCUGACCCCCACACCGCCGCCAUCCGCGCCACUUCCGCUGCCCUCGCCCUCCCCAUCGACAUCCUACCCGCACACCCGGCCAUCUGCGCCCUCCUAGACGACCCACUUCUGCUACUUAACAAAGUGUCGGCGGGAGUGGUGGAGAGCGAGGGGUGGGAGCGGUGGCGGUGGCAUGUGAAGCUGGCGAUGGACACGGUGCACGUGGUAAGGCAGUGCGCGCACACGGGCGCGCGCAUGGUGCUGCUGCUGCAGGAUGACGUGGUGCCAGCGUGGCAGUGGGACGUGGGGUUGGAGCGGUUCGUUGCCGUGGACCUGCCACGAGUGGUGGGCGCACGGGAGAGAGCAGAGGAAGAGGGGAGAGAGAGGAAGAGGGGAAGGGACGGGACGCAGGAGGGGGGACAGGGGAGGGAGCAGGAGAGGGAGGAGGAGAAGGCGCAGGAGAGCAAGAACGGGAGGUUGGGAGCGGUUGAGAGUGGCAAUAAGGGCCGUGGCUCGCACUCGAGAUACCCUGUCUGGGACGUGCUGUCGCUGUACUACCCACAGACGUACGGGUGGAAGCUGGCCCACGGGGCGGAAUACCCAGUCCCUUGCUGCGCCCAGGCGCUGCUGCUGAACGCGUCCACCGUGGGCGGGCUGCUGGCGCACGUGGAGGCGGGGCUCAUGCGCGCCCCCCUCGACCUCCUCAUCCAUGAGUACCUCCUCUCUGGUGCUGUCCGGGAAAACGGUGGUGGGAGUGCCGCAGGGGAGGAUGGUGGUGGCAGUGGAGGCGGUGGUAAUGGUGGUGGUGGUGGUGGUGGUGGUGGGGGUGGUGGGGAUGGUGGUGAGGGGCGUCGCCCGCGGGCGUAUGUGCACAUCCCGUCGCUCUUCCAGCACAUUGGGGUGGUGAGGACGAAUGUGCUCAAGGGGAAUCAGGGCCAUCAAGACAGGCGCGAGGAGGACUACUACCAGGACUCGGAGGAGGAGGAGCAGGUGGACGACUCGGACGACGACGAGGACUAUGGCUUCGACGACCCCGACGUUGACGAUGACGAUCCCGUUCUGCGACCCAGACAGGUGCGGUACAAGAUUCUGUCGGAGAAGGACAUUCUGCAGCGGCAGCAGGAGGCCACCGGCGACGUGGCGACGGUCCUCUCCAUCCCGCUCGACGACGCCGCCAUCCUGCUCCGCCACUUCAAAUGGAGCGUGAGUCAGGUGAACGACGAGUGGUUUCAGGACGAGGACCGCGUGAGGAAGGCCGUGGGGCUGCCGCGCCCGCACUCCCCCUCCUCCUCCUCCGCCUCCGACCGCCGCCCUGGCAAAGAGCCCGAGCCGCACCUGACGUGCGGCAUCUGCUUUGAGAGCUACCCGCAGGCCGCCAUGAAGCCCGCCGAGUGCUUCGACCACUUCUUCUGUGACGCCUGCUGGCAAGGCUACGCCAAGGCGGCUGUUGCGGACGGGCCGGGGUGCCUGUGCCUGCGCUGUCCGGACCCGUCGUGUGGAGCAGCGGUGGGGGAGAAGCUUGUGCUCUCGUCGCUGCCGGACGCCCUGCGCGCCAAGUACCUCAAGUACCUGCUGCGCUCCUACGUGGAUGACAACCGCAAUGCCAAGUGGUGCCCCGCGCCAGGCUGUGAGUACGCGGUGGAGUAUCUACCGGACUCAACGCACUACGACGUCAUCUGCAAGUGCAGCUUCGCCUUCUGCUGGAAUUGUUUGGAGGAGGCGCAUCGGCCAGUGGACUGUGAGACGGUGGGCAAGUGGAUUCUCAAGAACAGUGCCGAGUCAGAAAACAUGAACUGGAUUCUGGCGAACUCCAAGUCGUGUCCCAAGUGCAAGCGGCCCAUCGAGAAGAACCAGGGCUGCAUGCACAUGACCUGCACGCCGCCUUGCAAAUACGAGUUCUGCUGGCUGUGUCUAGGGGCGUGGUCGGAGCACGGGGAGAAGACGGGUGGAUUCUACGCGUGCAACCGAUACGAGUCCGCCAAGCACGAGGGCGUGUACGACGAGACGGAGAGGCGGAGGGAGAUGGCGAAGAACUCACUGGAGAAGUACACGCACUACUACGAGCGCUGGGCUGCCAACGAACAGUCGAGAGUAAAGGCGCUCGAGUCGUUGCGCGAGAUGCAAACAGUCAAGAUAGAGCAACUGAGUGAGCGCCACAGCCAGCCCGUCUCGCAACUCAAGUUCGUCAUCGAUGCAUGGCUGCAGGUGGUGGAGUGCAGGCGAGUGCUCAAGUGGACGUACGCGUAUGGCUACUACCUGCCGGAGGCGGAGGUGGCGCGGCGGCAGUUCUUUGAGUACCUGCAGGGCGAGGCGGACGCGGCGCUGGAGAAUCUGCACAAGAUGGCCGAGAAGGAGCUCGAGCUCUACAUCUGUGACGACGGGGACCCGCCCCCCACUUCCUUCAAUGACUUUCGGUCACGACUGGCGGGGCUCACCAGUGUGACACACACAUACUUUGAGAACCUAGUGAGAGCGCUCGAGAACGGCCUGGCAGACGUCGAGAACGCCUCUACAGCCGCCUCCUCCACACGUGCCGCUGCUGCCGCCGCAGCAGCAGCAGCGGGGCGAGCCAUCGCCAGCACGUCGCGCAUCUCCCAGUCCCGCUUCGGCGCCCGCACCCGCUCCCGCACCACUGCCGCUUCCGCCGCCGCUGCUUCCACCUCUGCUGCUGGCUCGUCUGCUGCAGGCCCUAGUGGUUCGUCUGCGGGAGCAGCAGCGGCGGGUGGUGGGGGUGGUGCGGGGUCGAGCCGCGGGAGUAUUUUCCGGUCGUCGUCGUCUCAAGCGGCCGCUGCGGCGGCGGCAGCGGCGGUGACGGUGGGGAAUACGGCAGGGAGGGAGCGGGAAGAGACGGCGUAUUGGUCGUCACGAGCAGCGGCGGCAGAAGCAACGGCAGGAGGCGCAACGGGGCCAAGCGUGGUCCCGGAAAGAAAAAGCAGCGAGGCGACAGCAGCGAUUCGUCCCGUGGUCAUUCUUCCGGGAUUGGGCAACAACUCGGCGGAUUACGCGGAGCUCGUCGCGCUGCUGGAGGCGCAGGGCGUGGCGGCGGAGGUAGCACGCGUGGCGAGACCUGAUUGGCUGCGCAACGCAGCGGGGCUUCUGCAGGCAGACUACUGGAAGGGAACGCUCAAGCCCCGCCCGAUCCUCGACUGGUACUUGGAGCGGGUGGCAGCAGCAGUGAAGGCAGCCAAGAAGAGAGUCCCAGGCGCCUCGCAGGUGUCACUGGUGGCGCACUCAGCAGGCGGGUGGCUGGCGCGUCUCUACCUCGGGGAGUACGGCCAUGCUGACGUGGCGCUGCUGCUCUCCCUCGGCUCGCCGCACCUCCCACCGCCCCCAGGGGCAGAGGGGGUGGUGGAUCAGACAAGGGGCCUGCUAACGCACAUGCAGGCCGUCUCGCCAGGCGCCUUCCACGCACCGCACGUCAAAUACGUCUGCAUCUCGGGCAGGUACAUCAAGGGUUUACCCCUGUUCAGCAGUGCCGCUGCCACCCCUGUAGCAGACGCAGCAGCCUCUGCACCAGCCUCUGUGGCAGCAGUGGCAGCAGCAGCAGGGGGGGAGGCACGCGUCUUUGCCCUGGAUGUGAAACCAGUUAGGGGCGCAUCAGCAAAGGCAGGCAGUGAGAGUGAGAGUGAGGGGGGCAGCAGUGGGGCUUCAGAUGAAGACGAGGCAGGUGCUGAGAAGCAGGUGGCAUCUGGGGGAGGUGUGUUCCAGGCGCGCAUGGUGGGGCAGGGGUACAAGCAGGUGUGCGGGCGGGCGGACGUGUGGGGGGACGGAGUCGUGCCGGAAGAUGCCGCCCUGCUGGAGGGGGCGGAGAAUCUGAUCCUGGACGGCGUGUAUCACUCGCCUGUGGGGGCCAGUGACGCCCGGCCGUGGUACGGGUCUCCUUCUGUGCUGCCCUCGUGGCAGCACCACCUGUUUGUCUGA